AUGAGUAAAGCCAAAGGCUCCCCUCUCAGCACAAAGUGGAAACCACGGGGGUCACAAAAAUCGGCCCUAUCGUUAAAAGAAAAGGCGAAGGUCUUAUCUCAACUGGGUUCCAUAACGUGGCAGCUUUCUCAGCUCAGAUUUGAAAAGAUCGGCUCACUUUUUGAGGAAGAAGAUGGCCAUUUUCGGGUAGGGAGCUGUUUAUCACGGGGACUGGUGGACUUUGACAGAGAUAGCUUGGAUGAAUUACCCCGGGGGCCAUUCUCCUGUGAGAACGAAUACGUUGACGCCCUGGUAUUAGGAUUUUUGCAGCAUGCCGAGUGUCUCCAGCUUCACCACCACUGCUUCUUCGCGCCCCUGCCGACCCGCAAGAGAUAUAACAAUGAUCGCGAAUAUCGCAGAGCAUGCGAGCAGUGGAAUAAUUUUGUUACUCUUGGUUCCAAAAUCGAUGGCUCUGAUAAUCGCACUGACUACAUAGUAGUCGGAAAUUUUUUACGUGCAAUAGCAUCAAAAUGGACGAUGAAAGGAGCAGCGGCAGGCCCCCGGGAUACCAACCUUGAAUUUACCUUGCAUCAUCCUGAUCUCAAUGUGAACAAUAUAUUCGUGGAUGACGAUUGCACAAUUACGUGCAUCAUUGACUGGGCAUUCUGCUCAUCCGUCCCUUUGUCGGUCCUUCUCAUGGCGCCUGGUCUUCCGCAAUCCCGGGACGAAUUGGAGGCCCCUUUAAUUGCUGCUUUUGAAGAUGGACUAAGUAGAUCGAUAUCUACAGGAGAUAUAAUAUCUUCCAGGCUACGAGCCUUUCCGAGUCGCAGAUUCCUUUGGUUAUUCUAUCGGCUAGUGAGCUUUGAUUCCUCGGGAGACUACUCUCAGUUCAAAGAGAUCUGGCGGUUAAGUGACCAAAAUAAUCUGGAUUUCUCGACUUUUUUUCAAUCACAACAGCGAUCGGAUAGCUACAUAAAAAAGCACGAUGAAAUGAAACAAGACGAUGAAUCUAUAGACCGCGUAAUGCGUCGUGAGGCAGCCUACUUUCAGAGGGACAUGGUUGGGCUGACAGUAUCGAGGAAAUUGACACUAGUUUCCGAAUGGACAUCUCGGUACCGCAAGAACGAUAAUAAAGGUAUACGACGCAGCGGGAGCAUAUUUGUAGCAGAUGACAGACUUUGGAAGUGGGUUUUAAGGUCCCUAGAGCAAGUGGAAGGUCUGGAAUAG